AAAGAGAGCCAGUCAGCCAGCUCAGCUGAAAAGGAAGGAAAAUGGCUCUAGGAAUCUUCUUCCUAGCCCUGUGUCUCCUGCCAGUUUCCUACUGUUAUAGUACAUAUAAAGUACACUGUAAUGCAACCACGCCUACAUGUACAUGUCCUUACAUGUACAAUGGUGAGAGGAUUAAUGUAUGUCUCUUUUCUCUUAACAUCCAAGUACUACAAUCGUUCACUAGUUACUACCUACCGGUGGAACUAGAGGGUAGAGCUGCUUACGGGAGGCCAUGGUAUAUAAACUCUACCACUGGAGAGCUCUUACCAAUCCCAGGAGCUAAGGGAAGGUGUGAUGAUGCCGUGGGUGAGGGGGAGCCCCAUUGCUCCCUCCCAUUUACAAUGGAUGGGUACACUUAUCGUUCGGUCAUUUCAGUCAACGGACAGUUUCCUGGUCCUACGUUGAUAGCUCAGUUCAAUCAGACAUUAGUCAUUAAUGUAACCAAUUGGUUAGGAGAGGAAGAGAUAGGCAUACAUUGGCACGGGUUGCAUCAAAAAGGGACCAACUGGAUGGAUGGGGUGCCCGGUCUGACACAGUGCGGAAUAGAACCUGGGCAGUCUUUUAGAUACAUAUUCCAGGCCGAUCCUCCAGGGACAUUUUGGUAUCACUCUCAUUCCGGAACGCAAAGGGACGAUGGUUUUUUUGGAGCUCUUAUCAUCAAAGAGAAAGAAGAAAUGAUUCAUAAAGUGAAAGACAGUAUCGGGAUUCAAUUUGUUGAUACUCCUGAGUAUCAUACGUUGACAUUAUUUGAUCUGCAGCAGUCGCCUUCAAUGGAAGUAUACAGUAGAAUGCAAGCACACACUCUACAAACAUCAUUCUUCUCAUUCCUACCUCCUCAGCCAGAUAUAGAUAUCAACAUGAGCCGUCCUGUUGAUUUUGGAGCAACAGAAGCAUCACCAAUACCUUAUUGGUCUGGUAUAGUGAAUGGUAGGGGACGACACCCAAGCAUAGACUAUACUGGUACUAGACUAAGCAUAUUCACUAUAUCGCCAUUUAAAGAGUACAGGUUCCGUAUAAUAGGAGCACAGGCUUCAUUUACUUAUAUGCUCUCAAUAGACGAGCAUUCAAUGACUAUAGUAGCAACUGAUGCAUCAUUUGUUAAGCCAGUGACUGUAGAUUAUGUGAUUAUAUCAUCUGGCGAGAGAUACGAUGUAAUAGUGAAUGGUAAAGGAAUGGAGGAAUUAGAUGAGAGACAUAACUUCAUGAUAAGAGCAAGGACACUAGAGCCAAUCCUAAAUGGUAAUCUCACCCAGCCUCUUCAAUACAGGACAGACCACACUGUUGAGGCUAUACUACACUAUGAUAUAGCGCCAAAACCUAAUUCAACUGAAUAUGGUGAUAUUGCUGAUAAUUCUAUACCAGUUGAUGAAAAGUGUUCAAUAGAAGAACCUUGCAUUGUUCUUAAUUGCCCGUUCCCUUCUUUCUCUCCACUAUACAACUUUUCUUGUUUGCAUAUUCAUAAUCUCGAAUUAUUAUAUCCAAUUUCUGAUGGAGAGUCUCCUAAUGUUGUACCGGAUCAAACGAUAUUCCUCAAUUUUGCUUUUGGUGGCUAUGACGGCUCAAGUACUGUCAAUGCUAGAAACUUUAAGAUUCCUGAUCGACCACUCUCACUCUUGAAUUCAUCUGAGCUUCAAAAUGUCAAAGAUGACAUGUUUUGCAAAGAUUUAGACGAUCCAUCUCUUUGUGACAAUAAUCUUGAAAAUGAUGCUAUUUUCCCCUCAACUUGUCUCUGUAGUCAUAUCAAGGAAGUCUCGUUUAACCAGUCAGUGCAACUAGUUUUUUCUGCCCUUGGUCCGAACCCGGAAAACCUCAUCCCAUAUUCCAGUUCUCAUCCGAUUCAUCUUCAUGGUCACCAGUUUCAAGUGGUUGACAUACAGUUUGGAUCUUAUGACGAUACAGGUCGUCUAAGUAAAGGUAACACUGAUAUCAACUGUGGAGGGACCAAUCUAUGCACAGUACCACAAUGGAAGAAUGGGAAAGGAUACUCUGUAGGGAAAAAAGGCAUCGUUAAUGCCACUGCACCUCUCAAAGACACCAUUUUAAUACCAGCUGGAGGCUAUGCUGUAGUUUAUAUAAAGGCUACCAAUCCUGGAUACUGGCACUUGCACUGUCACGUUGAUCCUCAUCUUAUCGAAGGGAUGGCUAUAGUUCUAAGCGAAGCCGUUGACAAACUCUCAUCUCCACCUAAAGAGAUGCAUCAGUGUGGAACGUUUGACUGGUCACUGGAUGAAUACUUUGAUAUACUUAAUGACAAAACACCUCCAGGUAGUAGUACUCCAUUGCCUACUGGAGCAAGCAGUGAUUGCCAAGAUACCCAGCAAGUGUUACUAUAUACAAUAGUUGGUAUGAGUGUGUUGCUAGUGUUAUUGCUAGCUGCACUUUUUAUUACUACCUCUUGCUUGUGUUGGCUCACCUGUUUCAAGAAAUUAGGAAGAAAAUAUACUCCAUUAAAGCCUGUAACUGAGUCUAUGCAAGAAAGUUAAGAUUUUUUUAAACUUUUUAACAUUUCUAAUAACACAAAAUUGACUGAUAUAUAUACAGGGUAGAAAAUAAAAUGCAAUAUUUUUAAAUGUUCCAAAAUCUAUAUUUGUAGUUUUUAUAAAUGUUAGUUGUUACGUGUUAUUUAAGUGUUCUUUUUAUUUCAUGUUCCAUAUUCGUUAUUUGGGCCGCCACCUCUGAA